GUUUUGCCACUUUUGGCCCCCUGUGUUUGUUCCCUGCUGCCUGUAGAAUCCCUUAGCUGCUAAUAGAGGCGCUCCGUCCCAGUGUGUACCAUUCCCGUCGCCUGAACCCCAGUGUGCUGCUUACUAAAAGAAGUCCCAGGGACAGUCUGAUCCAUGUCUCACCUGUGUCCGUGAAGCCUCAUUCCGUGUUGUCUAGUGUGGAGUCCCAUCUCAUCUCAUCAUCUCAUCUCAUCUCGCCUCCCUGCUUCACCAUGGCUAUUUCAUCACGCCUUGCUCUGUGGGAACAAAAGAUCAGGGAAGAAGACAAAAGCCCCCCACCCACCUCCCCACCUCCCCUUUUCUCUGUGAUUCCGGGGGGCUUCAUCAGGCAACUGGUUCGGGAAACAGAAAAAGAGUCCAAGGAAGCAAGACUGAAAAAACAGACACUGGCCAACUCUCAAGAACAGACAGCCCCAGAAAAUAGCGACAGCUCUGCCCAUAAACCCUCUGGGACUCAGAGUGCCCAGGGUGGCCAGCCUGACCCAGCAUCCCCCAGCCCCAGUGUUGUCGAGAACAUUCCUAAUGAGAAGGAAGGGAUGGCCAGCCCAGAGCCAGUACUGAUGAGCACCAUAAAUGGGGAAAGUCCUCAAAGCAAGGGUGCCAUGGAGACCCCUCCCAGAAAGCCCCAGCCCCUCCAGAGGGUCAGGAAGAGCAGUGACGUCCUGCUGAUGGUGGCCAAGCUCAACUCAGAAUUAACCAAGCCAGAGCAGAGGACUCUCCGGGUGGAGUCUCCAACCCGUAAGCCUCCUUCCCCCACCCCAGAGCGGGAGGGGAAGAAGAAAGCUCAACCUCCAGGGGACACUUGUGGUCCUCAGAAAGCAACGGAGGACUCAGUAGAGAAGGCAGAGAAACCGAGGACAGCGAGCAGCCCAGGCUCCACAGAUGUGCCUCCCAAGAAGAAUGAAAAAUCCCAGAUCCAAGUCUUGGGCAAGUGUGGCAAGGUGCCCCAGACCAAGGGGCCAAAAGGGGGUAAACCCCUGAGUAAAGAGGACCUGGAGACCAAGCCCCAAGCCAAAGGGGGAGAACAGGGAGGUGGGACUGAGGUGAAAGGGAUGGAGGACAAAGCCAAGAUAUCCCCAGUAGAGGCAGAGGGCCAGCCCCACACGAAAGUAGAAUCAGCGGAUGAGCCCCAGAGCAAGUUGGGAAAGUCAGGACACCCCAAGGACACAGUGGGGACAGGGAAAGAGGUCCAGAGCAAAGCAGGAAAGGGAGACAGAGCCCACAUCCAGAUGAAAAAGUGGGGCGAAUCCCUGAACAAAUGGAGAAAGAGGAGUGGGUCCCAGAGUCAGGUGGGGAAGGACAAUAAAUCUCAAACCCAGGUGAGGAAGGAUGUUGAGCCUCAAAGUCAGGAGGCAAAGGAAAGUGGACCCCAAAGUCAGACAGGAAAGGACUAUGGGUCCCUGAGUGAGGUGGGGAAGGGGGAUGAGAAGGGGAGUUGUCUCCAGAGCAAAGAGAAAAAGAAGGAUGACCCCUCCCAAAUGGAAGAAGGUGGGAGGGAAACUCUCAAAGAAGAAAAGGAAGUCCAAGGAUCUCCUGCCACAGAGAAAGAGGGAGUUGCAUCUGAAAACAAGGAGGAGGCCAAAGAAACCCCAGAGAAGAUGGAGGAGGAAGAGGAGGAGGAUGAAGAGAGAGGCCAAAGCAUCAUUGAUCCAGACAAGGAACUGGAGGACAGAUGGUAUGAAGCUGAGAAAGUCUGGCUGGUUCAGAAGGAAGGAUUCACACUGGCUACGGUUCUGAAGCCUGAUGUGGGGACCCCGGAUCUGGCCGCAGGACGAGUGAGACUUUGCAUUGAAGCAGACAAAUCCAUCACCGAGGUGGACGAAGAGAACAUUCAUCGCGCCAAUCCCCACGAGCUGGAUCUGGCCGAAAACCUGGCCUCACUCCAGAACCUCAAUGAGUCCAGCGUCCUGAACACGCUUCAGCACCGAUACCAGGCCCAGCUCCCGCAUACCUACACAGGACCAGACCUGAUCCUCCUCCAGCCCCCGGGUGCCCCAGCCCCUUCCUCUUGGAAGGUGCCCAAAGGAAGGAGAGAUGGCCUGGCACCCCACAUCUGCUCCCUAGCCCAGAAGGCCUACUGGGCCAUGCUGAACCAGCGCCAGGACCAGACCAUCGUGCCCCUGGGCAGGAGUGGGUCUGGCAAAAGCACGUGCUGUGAGAGGGUCCUGGAGUACCUGGUGGGCAGCGCUGGCAGUGUAGAUGGAUGGGUCUCAGUGGAGAAGAUCCGGGCCACCUUCACCAUCCUCAGGGCCUUCGGCUCAGUGCUGACUGACCACAGUUACAACUCCACUCGCUUCUCUAUGGUCAUGUCCCUCGACUUCAAUGCUACUGGGCGGGUCACGGCGGCACACCUCCAGACCAUGCUCAUGGAAAGGGUUCGAGUGGCCCAACAGCCAGAAGGGGAGGGAAACUUUGCUGUUUUCUCCCAGAUGUUGGCCGGGCUGGACCUUGAUACCAGGACGGAGCUCUACCUGCACCAGAUGGCGGAAAGUCAUUCCUUUGGCAUGGGCGUGUGGGCCAAGCCUGAAGAGAAGCAGAAGGCUGCAGUGGCGUUCUCUCAUCUCCAAGGCGCCAUGGAGACACUGGGCAUCUCUGCGAGUGAGCAGCGGGCCAUUUGGAGGGUGCUGGCAGCCAUUUACCACCUUGGAGCAGCAGGAGCGUGUAAAGUUGGCAGGAAGCAAUUUAUGCGGUUUGAAUGGGCCAACUACGCUGCCGAGGUGCUGGGCUGUGAGUACGAGGCGCUGACCACCGCCGUCUUCAAACACCACCUCCGACAGAUCAUCCUGCAGGCGACAUCCAGGCUGAACCAACCCAACCACAAGGAGGAGCCCGAAGUGGGGCCCAAAAUGACGGGUGUGGAGUGUGUACAAGGGAUGGCUUCCGGCCUCUAUGAAGAACUGUUCUCAGUCAUUGUCUCACUCAUCAACAGGUCUUUGGCUUCCAGUCAUCUCUCCAUGUUCUCCAUCAUGGUGGUGGACAGCCCGGGCUUCCACAACCCCCGGCAUCAGAAGAAGGAGCGGGCGGCUACCUUCGAGGAACUUUGCCACAACUACGUCCACGAGCGACUGCAGACCUUGUUCUUUCGAAAGAAGUUUGAGUUGGAGCUGGAGCGGUAUAGGGAGGAAAAGGUGGUGCUUCCCUUUGAUCUCCCAGAGCUCUCCCCAAGAACCACAGUGGCGAUCAUUGACCAGAAUCUCUCCCAGGUGCACGUUCCAGUUGCAGGCCAAGCAGAAGAACCCAAAGGCCUUCUCUGGGUCCUAGACGAGGAGGUCCGAAUCGAGGGCUCUGGUGACAGUGCUGUGAUGGAUCGCUUGUGUUCAGCCUUUGAGAAGAAGGACACUGGUACUGAUGAACCACCUGCCUUCCGCAAGUGUGAGCAUGGCCUGCAAUUUGAGAUCUCCCAUCAGCUGGGCCAGGACCCUGUGCGCUAUGACCUCAGUGGGUGGAUUCAGAAAGCCAAGCCCAACCUCUCAGCUCUGAACGCUGUCCAGGUCCUGAAGCAAUCUAGUAGGGAGGACCUCAGUAGCCUGUUCCUGCCUCGCUCCAGAGUGCCCCCAGUCUGCCAGGCUGUGGCCGGCAUGGAGGGCUACUCCCAACAGGCCUUGCACCGAAUCGGUUGCGUGAGAAAGACGUUUGCCAGUAGCUUAGCAGCCGUGAAGAGGAAGGCUGUAUGCACCCAGAUCAUCCUCCAGAUGGAUGCUUUGACCAAUGUGAUCAAACGGUCCCAGUUACACUUUAUCCAUUGCCUGGUCCCAACAUCAGGAUUGGAGGACAGAGGAGGGAGCCCCUCCCUAGCACCAGCCCACAGACAACAUCCCAUGGAUAUCCCCAUCCUGAGGGUCCAGCUCGCUGGGGCUCAGGUCCUAGAUGCCCUGAGGCUGCACCGGAUUGGUUACAUGGACCACAUGGGGUUUACUCGAUUCCGGCAACGGUUCCAAGGUCUGGCUCCAGUGUUUAUGAAGAAGCUUUUGCUGCCCCAAGAAAGGAUGCAAGAGAGGAAGCUUGUGGAGGAGCUCCUGCAGGAACUGGACCUGGAGAAAGCAGCUGUCCUGCUCGGCAAAACACAAGUUUUCCUGAAGUCAGGUGUCAUCUCCAGGUUGGAAAGGCAGCGGGAGAAGCUGGUGUCUCGGAAUAUAAUUCUCUUGCAAGCUGCUUGCAAGGGUUUCUUGUCCCGUCAGCAAUUCAAGAAAUUGAAGAUCCGGCAGCUAGCUGUCCAGUGUAUCCAGAGAAAUCUAAUGGUGUUCCAGCUGGUGAAGGACUGGCCUUGGUGGCAGCUGCUGUGUUAUAUCCGGCCCUUAUUGAGUAUCACCAUUGGGGAAGACCAGCUCCGGGCAAAGGAGGAAGAGCUCACUGUGCUGAGAAAGAAACUAGAGACAUCUGAGAAGUCACGGAAUGAGCUUCGGAAGAACACAGACCUGCUGGAGAGCAAGAUCACUGACCUGACCACCGAGCUCUCUGACGAGCGCUUCAAGGGAGAAGUGGCCUGCCGGGUCCUUGAGAGCGAGCGGGCUGAGCGGCUCCGGGCCUCCAGAGAGAUCCAGGAGCUGAAGAGUAAAUAUGAACAGACACAGAAGAGUUUGGGGUCCGUGGAGAAGCAGCUGGAGGAAGCCCAGCAGAAAAUUGAAUUGAGUCAAGUGGGGAAGUCUCAUUCUGGAGAAGCUGAUGACUGGCAGACACGUUUUGACUGUGCACAGACAGAAAUCGAGUUUCUCAGAAAGCGCCUCCAGAUGUGUGAGGAGAGACUGGAAUCCGAACUGUCUGCCAGAAGGGAACUGGAAGAGAAGCUUGGGGAGGCUCGGAACACCUAUGAGGAGGUCAAGAAAAAUUCUCAUCAGCUGAAGAGGAAGUGCCGCAAUCUGACCUGUGACCUUGAGGACACCCGAGUACUGCUGGAGAACCAGCAGAGCCGGAAUCAUGAACUGGAGAAGAGGCAAAAAAAGUUUGAUAUGCAAUUAACUCAAGCUCUGGGCGAAUCAUUGUUUGAAAGGGGCCUCCGGGAGAAAUUGUCCCAGGAAAAUGCUAGCGUCCGGUGGGAGCUUGGCAAACUUCAGAGCAAGUUUGAGGAAAGGGAGCAGGAAACUCUGGGUCUGAAACAGAAGCUUGAGAUGUUGAGGAGCCAUAACCUUGACUUAAGGCCCAGCGCACUCCCCUUUGGGGUGGAAGCUGUGGCUGCCUUACAGAGAGAGCUCUGGGACCUGAAGUCCAGUGCCUUGGAGCAGCAGCAGAUACAGAACGAGCAAGAGACUACAAUUAAGAAACUGGAACAGCUACGCAUUCGGUUUGAGAUGGAGAUUGAGCGGAUGAAACAGAUGCAUCUGAAGGAUCAGGAGGACAAGGAGGAAGAGCUGGAGGAUGUACGCCAGUCCUGCCAAAAGCGGCUACGGCAGCUGGAGAUGCAGCUGGAACAGGAAAGUGAGGAGAAGAAGAUGGUCCUCCAUGAGAAGCAGGAUCUGGAAACCCUCAUUGGGACACUCUGUGAGCAGAUUGGCCAUCGAGACUUUGAUGUGGAAAAACGCCUCCGCCGUGACCUGCGGAGGACCCAUGCACUCCUGUCUGAUGUGCAGCUUCUCCUGUCAAACUUUGAGGACUCCCAGACGACUGUCAGCAAGGAAGAGCUGGAGAAGGUUCACAUUAAGCUAGAAGAAAGUGAGGCCAAGUGUGCAGAUGCUCAGAACACUCAGAAGCUUCUGGCCCAGGACCUAGAGAACAUGCACAGUGAGCUGGAGAACAUUACCAGGAACAAGAAUCUGGUUGACGAGCAGCUCUAUCGGCUGCAGCUGGAGAGAGCCGACCUCCUGAAGCGUAUUGAUGAAGACCAGGAGGAUCUGAAUGAGCUAAUGAAGAAACACAAAGAACUCAUAGCUCAGUCUUCCGAUGACAUCACACAGAUUCAAGAACUGCAGCUGAGCCUGGAAGAAACAAAGAAGGAGAAGCAAAGCCUCCAGGAAAAGCUGCACACGGCUCAUUCCCGCAUUGAGCACCUGGAGAAGACCACGGUGGAUCGCAACAUCGUCUGCCGCCAGGAGGCCGUGAUCUGUGACCUGGAAAACAAGCUGGAGUUCCACAAAGUCCAGAUUAAGAGAUUCGAGGUGCUAGUGAUUCGACUUCGGGACAGUGCGCUCAAGAUGGGGGAGGAGCUGGAGAAGGCUGUGACCUCUGAGAUUGAGCAGAAGGAGUCCUGUCAGUAUUACCAGAGGAGAAUGGAGGAGAUGAAAGCCCACAUGGCAGAGCUGAUGAAGCAGGAGGCUGAAACCAGCCGCCGCUGCCUGGAUCUGGAGAAGCGUGUGGAGGAGCUCCUAGCAGUGAGGCUGACAUUACAGGCUGACCUCGAGGUGUCCAUACGGCGAAUUGCCGAUCUGCAGGCUGCCCUGGAAGAUGUGGACUCCUGUCCCAGUGAUGACAGUGUCCGGACAAUGCUGGAAUCUUCCCCUACUGGAGCCCGAAGAGAGAUGGAUAACCAGUCCCUUCUGGAAUCCUCCAUCAUCUCUCAGCCAAUGGAAAGCAUCAGAUCCUGGCUGAGUUCAUCCCCAACCCCAUCCCCGUCGCGAUCUAGCAGCACAGGGAGAAGUCUGUCGCAGCAGUCAGCCAGUGGCAGUGGAAUUCUGGAUCAGAGGAUGCACCGAGAGACCAGAGAUGCUGAGAAGAGCCAACCAACAUCUUUGAGGACGGACGCCCAGUCUCGAGGGGACAAAAGCUUUGUCAGACGACCCAUCUCGCCCUUCACCUUCCAGGGUCGGGACCACAGUAAAACGAUUGGAAGCGAGAGUUCUGAGCCGUGGAGGGAUACAGUCAGCAAGUCAAGGAGUCGCUCGUCAACCACAUCCCCGAUUUUACAAGAGAAGCUCCCGAGUUCCUCUUGGGCUCUUUCUGAAUUUCUUGAAGGAUUCCGGAGAAAACGGUCGGAUAAAGAACGGGAUGCGUUAGGAACAGAAGACUGGCCCACCUUACCCAUCUACCAGACCACCGGCGCGUCGUCUCUGCGGAGGUCUUUGGAGACAGUGACCCUCCCGGAAAAGGCAUCUCUGGAAAGUGAGACAGAGAGCCCCCGGUCUGGGCUGUUAAGGUCCACUAGCCUCAAGUGUCUCUCCUCCGACAAACUCGACUCGACCCUUUCUUUGCCCGCCCCUCCAAAGUCAAUGUUCAGGUCUUGUGAGUCCCUCUUAGAGUCUGAGAACACGGAAGGCAGUUUUGGCAGGAUGCUGAGCUCGUCGGUGGGAGAUGGCCCCGGGAAGUUUGCCCAGUCCAGGCUGCGCCUUCUACGGAGACCAUGCAUCGAUGCCCCCCUAGAGGAAGUAGAGGAUCCGGACCUGGGAAAAGAAUCCCUGGUCUUUCAGAACCCAAGGUUUUCCAACCUGCUGAAUGAGCCUUUAGAAUCCGACUCACUGGCUUGGAAGCUGCCCAGACACGAACAGAAACCCAAAGUGAGCUUUGACGACUAUGUCCCAGCCAUCCGGAAAUCCAGCUCUCCCACAAGAGCCAGGAAGGACAGAGGAGAUGGCCUGAAGCCUGGGACCAGUAAGAGCGAGACUUCUCCCGAUUGUCUGUUCCCGGGAAGUAGUGGCACCUUCCGAGAAAAGUUGGAACCCAAGGAGGACACAGGCCACCUGUCUGACUCGUCCUCGUCUUCCAGCUCCGCCAUGUCCUAUAGGAGUGCAGACAGCAUCAAGAGCCGCCCAGGAUCCCUAAAACGAGAGGAGGAGAGUGAUAGGAGAUCUCAAUAUGGAACAUGGAUGGAUGCCAAGAGGCAAGAUGAGGUGGAGAGCAUCAUGAAGAAAUAUCUCCAGAAGUAGGGAAUGGCCCAGGUCCUUUCUGAGAGGUAGUCUGGCACAGUGGAUGGAGAACCAACAUCAGAGAUCAGAAGAUCUGGGGUCAAGUCCUGUCUUGAACCCAUACUAAUCAUGUGAUCCUGAGCAAGUCUGUCAACCUCUCCACGACCCGAGCUGAAGAAGAGCUGUUGAUCUGCCCUAGGAAAAAGGGAGUUUUCUCUAAAGGAAAUCCCUACAUUGAUGAUAUCACAGGCUGUAGACCAAAACAAAAUUUUAAAAUUCCCUUUGGGCUCUGAUAUUCUCUGAGUCUGGUAAGUCAGUAAUUGCUUACUCUGAAGUAAUUUUUUACAUUACCCCUCCAGGCAUGUUUGCAUGUUAAAAAAGGA